AUGGGGUUUGGGAGUGACCUGAAGAAUUCACAUGAAGCUGUGUUAAAAUUGCAAGACUGGGAAUUACGGUUACUGGAAACAGUGAAGAAAUUUAUGGCUCUGAGGAUAAAAAGUGAUAAAGAAUAUGCAUCUACUUUACAGAACCUUUGUAAUCAAGUUGAUAAAGAAAGCACUAUUCAAGUGAAUUAUGUCAGCAAUGUUUCUAAGUCUUGGCUACUUAUGAUUCAGCAGACAGAACAACUUAGUAGGAUAAUGAAGACACAUGCAGAGGACCUAAAUUCUGGACCCUUACACAGGCUCACCAUGAUGAUCAAAGAUAAGCAGCAGGUGAAAAAAAGUUAUAUAGCUGUUCAUCAGCAGAUAGAGGCAGAAAUGAUCAAGGUUACAAAGACGGAAUUAGAGAAAUUAAAAUCCAGCUAUAGACAAUUAAUAAAAGAAAUGAAUUAUGCCAAAGAGAAAUAUAAAGAAGCUUUAGCUAAAGGGAAAGAACCGGAAAAGGCCAAGGAUCGUUACGACAAAGCCACAAUGAAACUUCAUAUGUUGCAUAAUCAAUAUGUAUUGGCAUUGAAAGGGGCUCAGCUUCAUCAGAAUCAGUAUUAUGACACCACCCUUCCUCUGCUUCUCGACUCCUUACAGAUGAUGCAAGAAGAAAUGAUAAAGGCACUAAAAGGCAUAUUUGAUGAAUACAGCCAGAUAACUAGUCUUGUUACGGAGGAAAUAGUGAAUGUCCAUAAAGAGAUUCAAAUGUCAGUUGAGCAAAUAGACCCUAGCACAGAAUACAAUGAUUUUAUAGAUGUUCACAGAACAUUAGCUGCUAAAGAGGAAGAAGUUGAGUUUGAUACUUCCUUAUUAGAAGAAAAUGAAAAUCUUCAGGCAAAUGAGAUUAUGUGGAAUAAUUUAACAGCCGAAAGUUUGCAAGUAAAGUUGAAAACUUUAGCAGAGGAACUUAUGCAGACACAGCAAAUGCUAUUAAACAAAGAGGAGGCUGUCCUUGAGCUGGAGAAAAGAAUUGAGGAAUCUUCUAAGACCUAUGAAAAGAAGUCUGAUAUUGUGCUGCUGAUAAGCCAAAAACAGACACUUGAAGAGCUGAAACAGUCUGUGCAGCAACUGAGGUGCACUGAGGCAAAGUUUACAGCACAAAAGGAAUUACUAGAGCAAAAAGUGCAAGAAAAUGAGGGAAAAGAGCCACCUCCGGUAAUAAAUUAUGAAGAAGAUGCACGAUCAGUUACAUCUAUGGAAAGGAAGGAGAGGGUUUCCAAACUUGAGUCUUUUCGUCAUUCAAUUGCUGGAAUAAUUAGGUCUCCAAAACCUAUAUUGGGCUCUUCAACAUUCUCUGAAAGGAUGUCCAUAGUUGAGAAGCCCCUGAUGGAACAGGAGUGGUACCAUGGUGCAAUUCCCAGAAUAGAAGCGCAAGAUCUAUUAAAACAACAAGGAGACUUCUUGGUACGAGAGAGCCAUGGGAAACCUGGUGAAUAUGUCCUUUCUGUAUUUUCUGAUGGACAAAGGAGACACUUUAUCAUACAAUAUAUUGAUAGUUUGUAUCGAUUUGAAGGCACUGGUUUUUCGAACAUUCCUCAACUUAUAGAGCAUCACUUUACAACCAAACAGGUCAUCACGAAGAAAUCAGGUGUUGUUUUGUUGAAUCCUAUUGCUAAGGAUAAGAAAUGGGUUCUCAGUCAUGAAGAUGUCACAUUGGGUGAAUUACUGGGCAAGGGAAAUUUUGGUGAAGUAUUUAAAGGCAUAUUAAAGGAUAAAACUGCUGUUGCUGUUAAAACAUGUAAAGAAGAUCUUCCUCAGGAACUGAAAAUGAAAUUUUUACAAGAAGCCAAAAUUCUUAAGCAAUAUGAUCAUCCCAAUAUUGUCAAACUUAUAGGAGUUUGCACACAGAGACAGCCGAUCUACAUCAUUAUGGAACUGAUUCCAGGAGGUGAUUUCCUCUCCUAUCUGAGAAAAAAGAAAGAUGAAAUAAAACCCAAACUAUUAGUGAAAUUUUCAUUAGAUGCUGCUUGUGGUAUGGCAUAUCUCGAAAGUAAAAAUUGUAUACACAGGGAUCUUGCUGCAAGAAACUGCCUGGUAGGUGAAAACAAUGUUCUGAAAAUCAGUGACUUUGGAAUGUCUCGCCAAGAGGAAGGUGGAGUGUAUUCAUCUUCUGGCUUAAAGCAGAUUCCCAUUAAAUGGACAGCACCAGAAGCUCUUAAUUACGGGAGGUACAGCUCUGAGAGCGACGUGUGGAGUUUUGGCAUCCUCCUCUGGGAGACCUUCAGCUUAGGGGUCUGCCCGUACCCCGGAAUGACAAACCAGCAAGCACGUGAGCAGGUGGAAAGAGGGUACCGGAUGUCAGCCCCUCAGAACUGCCCCGAGGAGAUCUUUAAGAUUAUGAUGAGGUGUUGGGAUUAUAAGCCUGAGAACCGGCCCCGGUUCAGCGACCUCCAGAAAGAGCUCACUACCAUCAAGAGGAAGUUUACAUAG